AUGCAGCGACGCCGCCGCCCUGAUCUCGAAAUCAGCGUCGUUCCUGCGCCGAGGUUCGCGACCGCCACAGGCACCGUCGCCAUCAAGACGACAACGAGCGGCCAGGACUGCUCCCGGGACACGUCGUCCCACCGCGCCGAGAAGCACUCGCUCCGCUCCCGCCACCGCUCCCGAGAGAAGCACGCCCUGGACCUGGACUGGGACCUGGACUGGGACCACGACCAAGAUCAACACCUCCUGGGCCUCCCGCACCACCAGCACUCACAACCACGACAGGCCCAGCGCGCUAGCCUGGCCAUCACAACGCCAGCCCUCGCGCCCAGGCAGCAGACCCAACCCCCGGCAGCCCAAGGAGACCUCAGCGCUAAGCAUGCCACAGGCGCCUUCCUCGAUGACAAGACGCCUACCACCCUGGACGAAACCCUGGACACCAUCCCGGGUUUAACACUAGCCGCAAUGUCCGCACACGGCGCUAGUGACGGCAAUGCCAAUCCCAUGCCGCCCAAGGACGACGCCGCCCCCGGGGCCAGCACCCUCGCCGGCGCGCCUCCCAAUAACCCUCCCCGGGGCCCGUCGUCGCGUGCCGACGUCCGCAUGUCCCACGACCUCUCCAUGUCCCCGCGUAACGUCACUCGCGACUCCCUCGUAACCAACAUGCUGCUCUCCCUCGACCAGCUGUCCAUGAGCAUCCCGUCCCCGCCGAGACCUCAGUACAACGACGAGGCCGCCGCCUCGCCUGACAUCGCCAGAGUCCCUCCCACGAGGACCACCACCAUGACGGGCCGCCCCUCCGGUGCCGGCCACCAGUACUCGUACAGCUCCGACCUCGACACCGACGCCGAGACCUCGAGCCGCGCCUCGGCCCAGUACGCCCGCGGCCACCGCAGCAACAGCGGUUCCAACUUCCACUCCACUCUGGGCCGCAUCAACAGCCUGCGCGAGCCCGGCCAGAGGAGCCAGCCGGCAACCCCGCGGGCCGCACACUCGAGGGGUCGCAAGGGGAGUAAGAGCAGCAGCGUCAACAGCAUGGAUGCCGGGUACCCCUACGUCCCAGGCGGCAACCACCAGCGCUGGGCGAACGGCUUCAGCAAUGGCUCGCCCUCUGGCUUCAGCCCUCCUCAGGCCCAGCAGCCGCCGCGCCUUCCUGAUUCUCAGCCGACCACGGGUUGGCAGCUUGAUUUUUCCGACUCCUUCUUCAGCAACACCGCUGCCAUAAACAACAAGACCAGCAGCAGUGCCGCUAUGGACGGUGACGACUUCGACUCGGCCCCGACGCCGACGAUACCAGCCGGCCCCCGGAGACUGACCACCGCCCCAUCCAUGCCGUCUUUCCCCACGGCCGGCGUGCGCACGCAGAGUAUAACGACCUCGUCGGGCGCGCCGAAGCCCCAGCCGGAUCCGGAGCGCAAACGCAGCACGCGAUCGUCUCGCAGCGCAACAGUCGGUCGGUCGCAGUCCAGAACCGCCACGCGCGAUGUGCCCCCGAUGCCAGACUCGACAGCCUUCGACCCCGAUUCAGCACCGGCCCCCAGCAUUGGGUACGAAAAGCGCAAGGAACAGCUCGCACAAGCAGGCCGUGCUAACAACACCGCCCCAACGCCCGCCCCGCAGCCCAAGGAGAAGCUUGGAUUUUUCAGGCGUGUUUUCGGCUCGCGGAGGGACAGCAAUCCAAAUUCAAACAGCAGUGCCACCGCCGACUCGCAAACGGGCAAACAAGCCAACAAUGCUCAACAAACGGAAGCCUCGAGCCAAGCCCGCGCGGCCAAGGCGCAGAGCACGCCCCCCUCGCGUGACAGCUCACACUCGACGCACGGCGGGACGACGCACGGGACGCUGCACAAGAAAACAUCAGCAUUCUUCAGGCGACAGAAGAAGGUGCAGAACGAGCCGCCCCCUCCACCGCCUCCGGUGCCCCAAUCUAUCCUUGACGCUGCCGCCGACGCCACUCCCGUCGCCCCCCCUCCCAAGCUGCACUCGCCAUCGUCCAACCCUGCCGCGAGCCCAGGCCUGACUCGCGCGCUCGAGCCUUAUUUGGCCUCCUCCAACGGCAGUGAUGGCCCGGCUCGCACACCCAGACACGACUAUCCCGCGGCCCAGCGUGCCACCGCGGACGCAGCGUACGGUAGCCCCAAGAAGCCCAAGGGCCCCCUUGACCUAGACCCGCCUCGCUCGCCCCGAGCCUCCGCGGCGCCGGCGGCGCGAACUGAGAGCAAGCCGUCCCCGCCCACAGAGCAGCAGCACCACGAGGCGACGCCGCGGAAACUCCGCGCGGCUGCCGGCGUCCUCGCCAAGAGGAGCUCCGCAAGCCGCAUCAGUGGCACCCCGACUCGGCAGGCCCCUGAGCCCCCCGCGGCCAUUGCAAGGACAGGCUCAUUCCUGAAUUGCGACAGCAGUGACACCGAGAGCGAGGGCGAAUCGAGAACCCCUGUCCGACUAGACAGCAGCACCAGGAGGGUUCGUGAGAGGAGGUCCACAAAGGACGCCAUCAGGCUAGUGUUGCCAUUGGAGGGUUCGGUCCUCGAGGGAGGCUCCAUGGGAUCCAGGUCAGCAACGAGCCUGCCGAGCGUCAAGGUGGAUGAGCCGGACAGCCCUGACAAGAGGGCGAGGAAGAUGGGGUCCAACCACACGACGACGCCGAUUGACGAGCCCGGUGGUUUCGUGAUCGGGGACCCGACCGAGGACGAGCGGCAGAAGGCGCAGAAGAUCUACGAUGGCAACGAGGACUUUAUCCAGAAGGAGAAGGCAGCCGCCUGGAUGGGCGAGGAGGGUCCAGUGAGGCAGCGCACGCUGCAGGCGUACAUGUCCCUGUUCGACUUUGCUGGGCGCAGCAUAGUCUCGUCGCUGCGCGACAUUUGCGCGCGCCUGAUUCUCAAGGCUGAGACGCAGCAGGUCGACCGUAUUCUGGCCUCAUUCGCCAAGCGAUGGUGCGAGUGCAACCCCAAGCACGGCUUUAAAGCUAUCGACGUUGUCCACACCAUCUGCUACUCCAUCAUGCUGCUCAACACGGAUCUGCACAUGGCCGAUAUCGAACAGAAGAUGACGAGGAGUCAGUUCGUCAAGAACACCAUUGGCACAAUCAGGCAGGCCCUCACCGACACUGCGCCAGACGCAUUUGGUAGGCAGUCGAUUCUGCCCGGGAAGGGUGGUCUCUCGCCUGAGGACGCACAGGAUCCGAUGGAGCUGGAGAAGCCGGUCAACAGCUUCAGGCAGUCGUUUCUGGGCGGUCUCACGGCGGCGCCCACCGCUAGUACCGAGGCGGACGAGUGCGGCCCUCUGGUAAAGACACCGUUUGAGGGGACGCUACGCGCAUGGGAGGGUCAGAUCGAGACGGUCCUGAAGGAUACGUACGCAUCGAUCCGCGACAAGCGGCUGCCGCUUUUUGGUGCCGAUCUAACGCCGCAGCUGCAGCCUUCAGCCAAUCUGUCAGUCAUUGGCCUACUAAAACGCUCGCCGUCGGUGCUGAGCAAGGCGCCAUCGGAGAGUCAGGCGUCGAUUAGGGGGCGAGUGCCCAGCGGGACGGACGCCUCGAGGCUGUCGUCGCUCCGGUGGACAUCCAAGAGUCGCUCACGAGCGCGGGGCGCGCCGGGGGCUCCCUUUGGCACCAACGGCUUUUCGUCGAGCCGCACCAGCUUUGACGACGGCGGCUCCAUCUGGAGCCCAACCGUAUCGUCGGCCACGCGCAGCCGCUACUCGCUUGGCCGCACGCAGACGUCCAUGUCGAUCGACUCGAUAGGGUCCGGCUACACAGCCAACUUCCCGCAGUCCAUCGGGUUUGCCAACGCUCUCAGCCAGGCCAUAAUCCGCGAGGACGCCAUCGGCGCGGCGGGCGCCGCCAGCCUGCUCAGCGGCGUGAGCGGCGAGGAGGCAAACAGCACCGCCAAGCCUCUGCUCGAGGACGAGUCUCUGGAGCUUGCCGGGCCACCCUGGGUCAAGGAGGGCCGGGUCAUCCACAAGCACCAUCUAGACGGCAUAGACAAGAGGGCCAAGGACCGCAACUGGAGCGAAGUGUUUGCUGUGGUGCAAAAGGGGUCCUUCAGCCUCUUCUCGUUCGCGCCCAACAAGUCGCUCGGCAAGAAGAGCCGGGGGCGCGUCGGCGGUAAGGGCGCCGUCGUGGUCGGCGGCGGCAACUGGCAGGACAACGCGACGAACCUGGCCACGUUUAGUCUUAAGCAGACUCUCGCCUCGGCCCUGCCCCCGCCAGGCUACUCGAGCUCACGACCGCACGUGUGGGCGCUGAGCCUGCCCACUGGAGCCGUGCACUUGUUCCAGGUCAGCACCCCCGAGACCAGCCAGGAAUUCGUCACGACGGUCAACUACUGGAGCGCACGGCUGAGCACGCACCCGCUCGUCGGCGGUAUCUCCAACAUCGAGUACGGUUGGGGCGACGACAUCGUCCACAACCCGCUGGUUACCGCCAUCACCGAGGCAACCAUGGGCAAGGAAGCCGACGGAGGGCCCAUCACCGCUCAGACCAGCAGGCCCAGCAGUGCCGCCGCCGUGACUAGAGGGCACCGGACCACGGGCUCGAUGCACUCGCGGGCGGGCAGCUUCCAUUCGGGGUCGCUCGACUUUGUGCGCGCGCGAUCGGGGUCGGUGCAAUCUGCCGGCGCCGUCAUGGACCUCGGCAACAUCCUGGUCGAGAACCCAGCCGAGUCGGGCUCGCCCACCCCGACCGGGCGGCGCGGGCCCCGCUCAAGCUCGUCCUUCUCGUCGACGAUCGGCCCGUUUGGCGGGAGCAUCAGCGCGGGGGUCGGAGGUCCCGGGAGGGGCAAGCUCCCCGGCGACAGGAUCCACAUCGCCGAGUGGAGGCCGCCGGCGCAGUCGCUCCGGGCGUCGACGCAGGGCGAGGCGGAGCAGCUGUCCACGCUCAGCGCCUACGUGGCGUCCAUUGAGGAGGAGCUGCGCAAGCACAACGCGCUCCGUAGCCCUAUGCUCCUCGCCUUCAGCCCGCGCUCCAACAACGCGAGCAGGGCCAUGGGCAACUGGCAGCGCAAGAGCGAGUACCUGCUGCGCGAGAGCGUCAAGUACCGCACCUACGUCGACGCCCUGCAGGCCGCCGCCGUCCGCAAGGACGAGGUGUACGGUGAGAGGAAGGAGGAGUGAGCGAUCGAGCUGGAUGAGUAAGCUGCCGUAUAAAUACAAAACGAGAACAGCACGGAGAGAGAAAAGCAACAAGUCAACAACCCAAAGCACAGGGUCUGACUGGCGUGUUUAUAAAGUUUUGGCGAGUUUUUGUCUUUUUCUUAUGUGGCGUUUUCUUUUUGUCAGACAGGGUUUUGUAAUGAUCCGGGGCCUUUUUUUCCGUGGGGAGAACUGGAGUAUACUUAACGACAUUGUAUUUGUUGCCUUCAGAGACUCUGUCGCUAUAUAGGGGCUAGCAAGUCCCAUACGAGGACUUUGCUCGGCUUUUUUUUCUCGUGUAUCGUUUUGUGUGCUCCUCGGGGAAGGGGCUUUGGGGGUUUGCUUUUUUGGCAUGAUAAACAUGCAUGGCCUAGGGGACCGUUGGAUGGUUGGUAGUUAGCAUGUCUGGUGUCGAUAGAAGGGGCCACCCAAAGAGGGGCGAAAAGAAAGAAGAUCAGAGUUGCAUUUCCA